GUACAGUUAUUAUAAAAUUUCUGGCAAUGUCUUUAAAAUUUGGACUGCCUGCAUUAGUCCUGAGCACUAUUUUUGUGAUUCUGUAUGUUACCAUUGUGGAGAACAACUUGUCAAAAGUGGCCCCAAAAUCUCAACUUGUACACGCUGCGUUGCCUCUGUCGAACACAAGCAAUUUAUUAGAUUUGAGGAAUUUUAAAUAUGUUAUAAAUACUGAUUGCAAUACAACAUUCCUAGUAUGGGUUGUAACGUCAUAUGCAGGUGAUCCUGCGGAUCGUAGUGCCUUACGUCGAGCAUACACUGAGAAAGAACUGCAAGCGUUAAAAAUAAGAAGAGUAUUCUUACUUGGUACAUUAAAUGACCAAUCCACAGAAACCACUAAAGUCUCUCAAUCAGCAAUCCUGGAUGAAGCCCAUAGAUUCAGAGAUAUAAUUCAAGGUAAUUUCAUUGAAGCUUACCACAAUUUAACGUAUAAGCAUUUAAUGGGACUACAAUGGGCUGUAACGACUUGCAGCCAUGCUAGAUACGUCAUGAAAAUGGAUGACGAUAUUAUUUUGAACUUAUAUUCCAUAUUGGACAAAAUUCACUUCAUUGCACCUAGCGAUGCACUGAUGGGUUAUAUCUUUAAAAACAUGGUUCCAAUAAGAGAGCCCAACAAUAAAUGGUACGUCACCAAAGAAGAUUUUUCAUCCGAUGUUUACCCAGAGUUUCUAUCUGGCUGGUUAUAUGUGGCUGGAUUAAGAACCGUGUCAUUGUUGGUUGAGCGCAGCCGACAACAUUCCAAAUACUUUUGGAUCGAUGAUGUUUUUGUUACCGGUAUUCUUAGGCAGGAAUUAAAUAUAGACAUGAAAGACAUUCAUGAAUCAUACGCCAUGGAUUAUAGAUAUUUAAAUUGUUGUAUCAAAGGAAAGAAGAAGAAAUUGAAGUGCGAAUUUGACGUCGGGCCCAAUGGCGGAGAUACCGCGCUACAGGUAAAGUUUAAAGAAUUUACAGAGUUCUGUCGUUUCACUUGCUCUGUAAGACCUGCCCAGCUUUCCGUUAAAAAUACUUGCAUCGUGGCUUACCUAAAGGCAAAGCCAGGGAAAGGUAGAGCGCAAGUACAACCUUUUAAAGUUGUAUAAUUGUUCAUACUGUACAUAAGAAUAUUUAAGUAUAAGUCUUUCAAUUUUAAGACUGGUUACCUAUGUCCAUUAUUUUUAUAAAAGUUUCUAUUUAUACUUUUGAUACCUUAUAAAGAUUAUAUAAAAUACCUUCUAGCCCUC